GAAUGUAGGACCGCGGCUCAGCAUCAAGCUCCUUCGAAGCAAAAUAUGUCAAACACUUGAAGUCCUCUACUUGGAUUUUAUCCUGACUGCAGCCGAAUAAUGGAUGAUCUCAGAGGCAUGUGCUGUUCUGUGUGUUAUAAUCCGUUUCAUGCUACAGAGAGUCAAGCUAUUCCGCGUAACUUGAACUGCGGACACACAUACUGCACAGGCUGUCUUGGCAAACUCUCCGCCCAAAGCCAGUAUGCAUUUGUGAGGUGCCCAGCUUGUAAGCACGAAACACUACUCUUGUCACGAUUUAACGGCAUACCAUCAUUACCUAAGAACUUUGGGCUAUUAGAGAUCAUUGAAAGCAAGGAAAAUGCUGACAAGGCACCUGCUAGUGCAAGUACCAUCGACCAGGAGAGGGCCAAGCACCGGCACUUGUGCACUGAGCAUGAUGAGCCUAAGAAAGUCUAUUGCUAUGACGAUCAGGUCCUUAUUUGUAUUUAUUGCCAGAUAUAUGGUAAGCAUCAAGGACAUAGGUGUGAUCUCGCGAGUCGGCUUGCAACUAAUGUCAGAGAGGAGUUAUCCAAGAUCACAGUGCAGAUUGAAGAAGAACAUGAAAAGAUUGUGAUGGCCAGAAGAGCCAUCGAGGCAAGAAAAGAAGCAAUAACACAGAAGAAGGAGGCAUUGGGACAAAAGAUUGCACAUCAGGCCUCUGGAAUACGAACUGUUGUCAACAAAAUAGAAUCAGAUUUGAGACUUAAACUGGGUAUGCUAACACAGGCAAAGCUUGAGGUUCUGGAGAAGCAAAACAGAUCACUGUGCCAAGUAAUACUCAAGUGCGAAGAGCUGUACACACUGAUGCAGAGGGUCCAAAAAGAUGGAGAUGCCUGCCUUAUUGAGUCAAAGUCAUCUAUUGAUUCACUAUCUAAGGAAAUCAUCGAACUUUCAGAGACUUGUAAUCUGGCCCCAUGUGCUAAGGACAACCUGGUAUUCCAUAGUAAUCAUAUAGAGACAUUGUACACCCUCCGCCUGGCCGUGGGGGAUGUGAUGGAAUCAGAAGAAGAAGUACAAACCGGAGCCUGCGAAGCAGCGCAUGCUCAGGCGGAGCCCGAAAGUCUGCUGACCAGAGUUCUCGCCGACCUCGAGCAAGUUGUGACGGACGCAGAGAACAACAACAGUAGGAUGCGAGGUCUUGUAGAAAGCACCGAAGCACAGGGGGAGGACACGGAUAAGGAUAGUACGGAUUUGACGUCUACUGAGGAGGACACGGGGGAAGAAGAUGAUGAGGAGGAGGAGAUGGAAGAAGAGGGACAGCAAGGCAAAGGAGCUGCUACCGCUGUCACUGCGGAGGGCUCCCUUUCGUCAGAUGGUGAUCUGCUUGGUGCAGUGGGAGGCGCCUCUCCCGCCGCAGCGGUACAGACCCAGGACACGAAGCGAAAGAACGAGAGCAAGCAGGGGCUACUGCGAGAGCUGCAGAUGGAGAUUGAGCGCCUCAAGCUGUUGGGGCCUCGCGGUGAGCUCAUCAGGGUCGUGGAUGACGACGAGAGCUCGAGCUCCGAGGAGGAGGAGGAGGAGGAGGACACGGAUGACAGCAGUGAUGAUGAUGAUAAACCAAGACUGCAAGUAGAUUUCAAAAUCCGUGUCAACAACGACACUGGUCGAGCACGGGCCUCAAACAGGCUCGCGCUAACCGCGCAGGGAAUGGACACGAGCAUGCCAAGCGAAUCACGUGACACCCCAGCCACUCGUCACCGGUCCCAGCUCGUCCCUCGAGGGUCGCGCUGCUCUGUGCCCAAUUGCCAACACCUCCUGAAUGCCGCGUUGCAGUGCAAAAUCUGUAAGCGUGUGUUUUGCCGCCAGUGUGCGGCGGUAUCGCGUAUCUGCGGCCGUAGCCAAACCGGACACUCCUUUGUAAGAUACAAACCGCACAAUAAAUCACCAAAAACCUAUAAAAGCUCCGCUUCUAAAUCGAAAAAGAGCACGUCAAAAAAUUUGAGUAGUUCCGUGAGCCCGCCAUGGACAUGUCAGCGGUGUACCAUGAUAAAUGAAGGUCACGUGUUGGUCUGUGCCGCGUGUUUGACCAGCCAAGACUAUGACCCUUCUAUGGUACGGAGCGUGUGCCCUGUAUGCACCCUUGUCAAUGAACCUGGGAAAAGCACGUGUGAACUGUGUAACAGCGAUCUUGAGACGCCGGACAACACUAUGCGAAGUGAAGAAAACGACGCGGAAAAACCAGACUAGUCUUCUAGGAAAACGAUGCGACAAAACUAGAAUAGUCCACUAUGGAAGGGAAACGAUGCGGAAAAACUGGAUUAGUCCACUAUGGAAGGGAAAAGAUGUGGAAAAACCGGACUAGUCCACUAUGGAAGGGAAACGAUGCGGAAAAACCGGACUAGUCCACUAUGGAAGGGAAACAAUGCGGAAAACCGGACUAGUCCAUUAUGGAAGAAAAACGAUGCGGAAAAAACCGGACUAGUCCAAUAUUGAAGGUUUACAGCCAAAUUCGUUGUUGCGCGACCACAAACGAAUCCAAAAUCCAUGUCUCGUUUGGGAAUAGCGCGUAGUCAGACAAAAGCUUUAGGGGGGGGGGGGGGUUGCCUGGUUUUGAUUGUUUGUUUUGAUUGACUACGCGCUCUGUAUUAUUUUCUGUAAUCUGUAUUAUUAUACAGAUUACAGAAAUAGCAAAUAUAUACAAUUGUACGAUCUAUAAAUCUGUACAGAAAAGGAUAGGUAGAUCAUAACGCGACCAGUAAAACCGUGAACAACGGAAAUAUGUAUAGAAUGUUUGUUCCGACCAAUCACUUGCAAGAUGUUCAAACAGUCAACUAGAAACAAAUCGCAGUGUCCGAAUUCUCGCGUCUGAUUCGUUUAACUGGUUGCGCUGUAAGCGAACGCAAGUGUAUCCAUGUAAUUCGUAAUAAAUUGUAGAGACGUUGAAGUCACGUACACAAGCGUUGCUUGCAUAAAAAAAAUUAUAAAGGAAGACGAUUAUCCUAGUGCUAUUUAAUAAACCUGUUGGAAGACUCGUA